GUUGAGUUGUUGUCGCGCGACCAGCAGCACACGCGUCCUCCUCCGGUUCACGUCGGUUGUCUUCGGUCGAGGCUUUGUACGCCUCAACGCAAAGCGCGGUACACGAAACCCUGGUAGAGAAAUGGCAGCAAAGGCGGAUUAGAACGAAGAGCAGAAGGAGUGUAUACGGAGUACGGCAAGGAAUCUUCAACGGUUCAAACAGGAAUCCAGUGAAGUGAGGGAAGAGGGAGAAGACAAAGAAGAGAGGCAAAAGAAGAAGCUAGCGCGAAGGUGGUGGGAAGUGGCAAAUGCAUAAGAAUUUCUUGUAAAAGGAAAAAUUUCUUUGUGUGAUUUGGGCGAGGUGAGCGGCCCUGGAGAGCCGUUGAAGCGAACGAAGCAACUAAAGUGGAGAACACGGAGAAAGAGAUACCUGGCCAUUGAGCAGCUACUCCGGUCGCUGUGAGGUGUUCUUUCUGUGGAGUGACCAGGGGGCCGACUUGAGUGUUGUUUGUGUUGGUUUGCUGGGGACUCGCGGCCAGUCUACGUGGUACGCACCGACAACAACAGCAACAUUCCGGAUCAUCGGCGACUGGGCACGGCUCAGGUCUCUAGCGGCAAACGGUCGGCGUUUCUUCGCGGUGACUCACCCGACUUGAAGCUUGAAGCAGGCUCACAAUAAAGAAUCCAGAUCUUCAGUGAGCACAACCACUGUCGUUGUCGUCGUCAUCGCCCCAUCAUCAUCUGCCGCCGAUCAUCAUAGUUUGUCGAAUCGUGAGGUGUGAACCGCGUCACGAAAAGUGGAAGUCGUGCUCCACAUAUUACACGAGUGGGGUGUCCUUAAGUGGUCCCAAGUUGGGCGCGCAAACCGUUUAACUAGGGUGUGUGUGGUACGACUAAUUAAAGUCUGCGAGAAGAAAGCGAAGAUUUCUGCAUAGAGUGCGUGACAGCGACGUCGCAAAUUAAAAGCAAUGGAAAAGCAGUGAAACAGUUGAGAGAAGCGGAAGUGGCGAUUUAAACCAGCCCAAGUGCUUUACGGUGUGUUUCUCUUUCCCCUUUUAGCACAAGCAGCGAAUCGAAUUAAGAUGUGAUAACGACCUUUGGCCCCACGAAAAGAAGUCAAAGUGAAGUGUGUGAGUGAUUCAGAGAAAAAAGUCCAAAGUGCCUCAAAAGCAAAAGUGCCUUAAAACAAGAAAUAAAAAGCAACACGAAACAACGAGAAAAGUUCCUGCAGUUUUACCCUGUGUACGGAAGACAAGAAUUGAGCUGCUUCCGGUUGUCGUUCGCAAAACAAAAGUGUGGUCACCCACCCAUUGGAGUUGACCUCCGCGGCAGUAGUGAGUGUGAAUCAUUUGUGGCUCUCGCUGGAAGCUCCGAAGAAGGAAGAACCUAACCGACCAUCAUCGUGUUGGCCGGCGAAGACGUCGUCGUUGCAACUGCGCGGGUCAAGCGACCGGAGUUUAGGAAUUCCCCGCACAGCUGUAAAAAGAUAUCGAUUCAUUGAAGCUGAUUCAAUUGCAAUCGACCAUCAAGUAACCGUCCUUCUAACGAGCAACACUACCGCCACGGCAAUACCAACUUAUACCAUAUCGACUGCCGCCGAUAACCGGCCCCUCACCGGAGGUUCCAAGAACCCCGAUCCUAAGGUUGGCUAUAGGUACGACCUUAUCAAUAGCCCGGGCGGCCAAUGCGAUAACGCUACACGUUACUACCAUGCUGGAUGUGGACAGCAGUGACUCCUCCAGGACAGCAGCAGCAGCAGCAGUAGAACGAACGCCGAAGAAUACGUAACUCUGGGAAGCGACAAUUCCCGACGCGAUUUAAAAGUGCCUUGUUCGAAAGGCGUUUCCUAUUUGGAGAAAGAUUUUUACAUAUAUUUUUUAGAAUUAGUAAGUACGUUAUUACGUACAACCAGCAAAGGUAGAAUGAACCUGAUAAGGCUAGACAUAAUGGCGAUAGUAUACCUUUCGGUAGCAGUAUUUAAGACCAACUCAGACGACAACUUCUUCAGAAGAGAUGAAACCGACCGGGGUGACCGGAGUAUCAACCCAAUUGAUUACCGAGAACUGUUCAGUCUGAACCGGUUAGAGGGGCAACGACAUCGGCGAAGUUUCCAGGGAGACGUAUACGAAACGGAUAAUGUACUGAGUGAUAGUGGGUUCUUCAGCCCGGGCAGAUCUUCGCGACCGGUCAAGGCCGUAGACAACCGGAAGCCGCUGUUUGUAAACUGCGAGGGAUACGCGCCAUCGGUGGACGAAGAGCGUGAGCCCGGAACGUACGUGAUUCAGGUGAACGCGACUGAUCCGGAUGACCAUCAGACGAUUUCGUACAGCUUCGUGACGGCUCCUGGAGAGAGGUCAAAGUUUCGAAUAGAUAAAAAUACAGGCCAAAUCACGACGAUCCAUCGGUUUGACCGGGACGAACCGAUACGAGAAAAAGAAGUCUACAUUACGGUGCGAGCCACAGACGACGGAUUGCCCAAUUUGGACGAUGUGUGCACGUUCAAGGUUACCAUCAAAGACAUCAACGAUAAUCCGCCAGUGUUUGACAAAAGCCGGUACGACGAACCGAUCACCAAAGAUGCCAAGGUUGGCUUCAAGGUGGCCACGAUCUCGGCGACGGAUCUUGACGAUGGAGACAACAGUAUUAUCAAGUACGAGAUUCUGCGGAAGUACAAUGACUACAGUUACUUCAGGAUUAACGAGAACAACGGUAUCGUGUCGUUGGCGAAGGCGGUCGACAAAAAUCCCGGACAGUAUUAUCAGAUCUACGUGCGUGCGUACAACACGGUUCCCGGCACGCCGCAGGAUGCAGAGGUCGAGGUUAAAAUCCCCGUGAUUGAGUCGAACAAACUGCCACCGUACUUCACUCUCACCCAGCAGCAGCCGAUCUCCCUGGAGGAGAACUACAGCAACUACAGUGCGGCGCUGGCUACUCUGCAAGCCCAGUCCGACAUCAAGGGGAAACCGGAACUUAUCUUUGAACUGGUUACCGGUCGAACCGAGCAAACCAACAGUCGUAACACGUUCCUGCUGGAACAGAAGGAAAACACUGCCAUCAUUUUGCUAGGAAAGGCCCUGGACUAUGAAACCAUCACAGAGUACACGCUGACAGUGAGUGUGAAAAACACGCACGAUCUGAUUGCACAAACCAUCGUUAAGAUCAAGGUGUUGGACGUGAACGAUAACAUUCCGUAUUUUACCGAGGUGAACUCCGGCUGGAUCCCGGAGAACGAAGCGCCAGGAACGCCAGUGAUGCAGGUUCGUGCCUUCGACAUGGACGGUACCUCGGCCAACAACAUUGUUUCGUUCCGGCUGGCCGACAACGAAGAGUUCUUCUCCAUCGACCAGAACACGGGUAACAUUACGGCACUGAUGGAGUUCGAUCGGGAGAUUACCGACACGUAUCACUUGAAGAUCAUCGCAGAAGACAACUCUCCGUCGGCGUUGUACAACAACGGCAAACCCAACAGUAUCUCGCAGACGUUCAUCAUCAAGAUCUCGGAUAAGAACGAUCACUCGCCCAAGUUCACCAAGGAUUACUACGUAUCGGAGAACGUCGCCGAGGAUGCCAACAAGAACACGGUUGUGAUCGUGGUAAUCGCGAACGACGUGGACACGGCCUCCGUGAUCACGUACUCGAUCGUGUCUGGAAACAUCGGGAAUGCGUUCAAGAUCGACGAGAACACGGGUGCAAUUUCGGUGAACAACGAGCUGGACUACGAGAACAUCACCGAGUACACGCUGCAAGUUCGGGCGUUCGACGGAUCGUUUGACGAUAAUGCAACCGUGUCGAUCAAGGUGGAGAACGUCAACGACAAUCUGCCCAAGUUUGCCAAGACCGAUUACGUGCUGGAGAUCGAGGAGGAGAAGGUGAUGGAGGGAUGCAUCGAAACGAUCGAGGCUUGGGACCCGGAUAUCAAAGAUCGGUCGGCACCGCAGCACAUCAAGUUCGCCAUUGUGAAGGUCGAGCAGCGGCCAUUGUUGGAGAUCGACGACACCGGGUGUCUGCGCCAGAAAGCUCCGCUCGAUCGUGACCCACCGAACGGACACAAGGCUUGGCAGGUGAUCAUUUCCGCUACGGACGAGGAUGGUAGUGGCCGGCAGUCGACGACGACGGUGAAUAUAAAGUUGAACGAUACCAACGACAAUCCGCCCUUCCUGACGAACAAGAUGCCGGUGGUGUGGUACGAAAACCAGGAACCGGGCAGGAUCGUGACGCUGACGGCGGAUGACAACGAUGAACCGCACAACGGGCCUCCGUUCCGGUACGAGAUUCCGGACAGCGCUAGUGAGGAGAUCAAGACCAUGUUCCGGAUCGACGAGGACGUGUUGUACGCGCUGGUCAAAUUCGAUCGGGAAGAGCAGAAGGAGUAUCGGAUUCCGAUAUUGAUCACGGACAGCGGAGAGCCGCGCCCGUUGAGCAAGGUCAGCAUCCUGCAUCUGGUGAUUGGUGAUGUCAACGAUAACGAAAUGAAGGACGGCGAGAGCAAGAUUUUCGUGUACAACUACAAGGGAGAAUCGCCGAAUGCGGACAUCGGCCGGGUGUUUGUGGACGAUCUGGACGAUUGGGAUCUGCCGGACAAGACGUUCGCGUGGCGUGAUUUGUACGGGUCGGAUCACUUCGAGCUGAACAGGGAUACCGGAAUGAUCACGAUGCUGCAGGGAACGCGAGGUGGCGACUACGAGCUGUUCUUCACGGUGACGGAGCAGAGCAGUUUCUUCCCGAAGCACACGGUGAAGGCCAAGGUGGUGGUAACGGUGAAGGAGAUCCCCGAGGAAGCGGUGGACAAGAGUGGUUCGAUUCGGUUUUACGGAAUCACGGCCGAGGAGUUUGUGUCGCGUAGUCCGUCGCUGUCGCUGACGCCGAAGGAUCGUCUGCAGAACCGGAUAGCGGAGAUGUUCAACAUCAGCAGGGAUAACGUGGACGUGUUUACGGUGCUGCAGCGGGACAACAACGCUUCAUUGCUGGAUGUGCGGUUCUCCGCCCACGGUAGUCCGUAUUACGAGCCGGAGAAGUUGAACGGUAUGAUCGGGUAUCACCAGCGGAUCAUGGAGGAGGAGCUUGGGCUGAAGAUGAUGAUGGUUAGCAUCGACGAGUGUAUGGAGGAGAAGGUACGGUGUGAGCUGUCCUGUAAGAACGUGCUGCACAAGUCGAACGUUCCGAUUGCCGUGUACACGAACACGAGUUCGUUUGUUGGUGUGAACGCGUUCGUGCAGGCCGAGUGCGUUUGCGAUGCUCCUCCGGCGUUUAACGACUGUCUGAACGGAGGAACCCCGUACAAUGACAAGUGCGAAUGUCCCGAAGGGUACGAAGGCCCACGCUGUGAGGAGAUUGCGAUCGGAUUUUAUGGCCACGGGUACGCGAUGUACCCACCGGUGAAUCCGUGCAACAUGACCAGGAUCAGUUUGGAGUUGUCGCCGCAGCGUGAGGAUGGACUGGUGAUGUAUCUGGGUCCGUUGAGCUACAAUCCGCUGCUGCCGAUUCAGGACUUUUUGGCGUUGGAGUUGGUGAAAGGGUUGCCGGUACUGUUGCUGGAUUACGGAACCGGUACGAUCCGGAUCGAGCACAAACACCGCUAUCCGCAGGGAAGGCCGUUCACGGUGGAGAUUGUGCUGCAGCCGCAGACCGUGGAGAUGAUCGUGGACAACUGUAAGCUGUCGACGUGUAUGAGUUUGGAUGCGCCCAAAGGUCCGAACGAGUCGUUGAACGUAAACGCUCCGUUGCAGCUGGGAGGAGCCGCCGUGAAUCUGGAGUCGUUGGGAUCGAUGUUCAACUGGACGUACGUUCCGCAGAGUAAGGGUUUCACCGGGUGUUUGCGAAAUUUGACGAUCAACGACCGGACGUACAACUUGGGAGCUCCAAGUUUGGCCAAGAACCACGAUCCCGGCUGUCACCGGUCGGUGGCUGUGGCGGUUUCGUUCGGAAUCGAUUCCAACUUUUUGAUUGCGAUCAUCGUGUGCAUAGCGGUGCUGUUGAUCCUGCUGCUGGCGGUUGUGGUGCACAAGAAGCACCAGGACGGUUGGCACGAGAAGGACAUGGACGACAUCCGGGAGACGAUCAUCAAUUACGAGGAGGAAGGCGGUGGCGAACGGGACGCCGAGUACGAUCUUACGGUACUGCGAGCUGGUCCAAUCUACAUGGACAAGCCGUACGGGAACGAUCUGCGGCAAAAGGAGGCCAACGAGGUGCCGGACAUUGGCGCCUUCCUGACGGACAAGAAGGACGCCUGCGAUCGGGACGGGGACGCUUACCCGAUCGACGAUGUGCGGCAUUACGCGUACGAGGGCGACGGCAACAGCUCCGGCUCGUUGUCCAGCUUGGCGUCCUGCACGGACGAGGGUGAUCUCAAGUUCAACUACCUGUCCAACUUUGGGCCGCGGUUCCGCAAGCUGGCGGACAUGUACGGCGAGGAACCGUCCGACACGGACUCGAACGUGGACGACGACGAGGGGUGGCGGAUCUGAGCUGGGUUCAGAACUGUUUGUGAAAAAGACUGUUUCAUCCGGAAGGCGCUUAGUUAGCUGUUAGCGGAAGCCAAAGACUAGUUUGGAAGGGAAAGAUUUUCUUUUUUUUUGUUAUAAACCUUUUGAUGUUAAUAUAUAACCUUCAUUCGAAAGAGCAAAGUUUGAAUAAAUAUUUGAAUUACACUGUAAAGUUGGACUUUGAAGACGAAACGAAAAACUUAAACAAAAAAGAAACGGAACAAACAGUCACAUCUACUGAACCGCGCGCACAUACACACAUAAACAUGAGACAGAAGCAACAACUGCUAGCGAUUAGAGUUUUUCGGAUGACUCAUGGUCCGUAGUCGUCGUCGUCGUCACGGGCGAGAUUUGGUGUGCAUUUGGGUUUGUACCCUCAACCGGAAAAAAAUACACGCAAGAUUCCGGAAUAGAGACAUUCCUUCUACUAGUUGUUACGAACGGCACGAGAGAUAGAUAGAAAGCCGAAUCAAUUUUUCGAUGAGUCAUUUUCAUUUUUCGAAACAUGACGUGUGAAUUUUAUAGAAACAAAAAAAAACUAUUGGUGUUAGGGUGUAAGAAGAGGAGCGCAGCUCGAAAUUCGCUUUGGUCGUGCGAUAAUUGCUUGCUUGUAGCAGCACAGUAGUUGGUGUCUUCCAGGGGCAAGGCUGUCAACGGCUCGUGUCAGAGUUGUUGGGACGAGGACGCACCCAUCCGUUUUUAUACUAUUAUUUUUUUUUUGUACAGGAAAUCUAAACGAUACGCGUCACGAUCAAAGCGUUUUUCGACCAAAACAAAUUACCGGAGAAACACACAUACACAUGUACAUAGAAAAAACCAUGUAAACUGAAGAGACCACUGCCCCGUUUCUCCUUCUCGAAUAUAUGUAGUAUGAAAAGUAAAACAAGCAACAACCACAAAAAAAGUGUAUAAAAUCGCAAGUAAAAAGAGAAACGAGAAGAAAAUCAACCGUACCACAAAGUAUUGAUGCAUUUCCGAAGAAGCACACGCCACAAACUAAAAGAAAAAAAAAAAAACAAGAAGAAGAGUAAACUCGUCGUCGUCGUCUAGACCGAAUCGGCACGACAGGGCAAACCGGUUCCCCUGGGGUCUGGAAUCACAUCCUGGACUCGUCAGAGGAGGUUGUCGUAUUGUUGUUGGUUUUGUCAGAGAGGGCACACGCGCUCGUGUCUCAAGUUCACGGAGAAUUCAUCAUUAUGGAGAUGGCAAUGACAGGAAACUAGUUCAAAAAUGUUUUAUUUUCAAAAGCAAAUAUACCUACAAGACUUACAGAAUAAUUAGAAUCAGAGGAGGGCGGAAAUUUUGUCGCGCAACGGGUUUGGGAAAGAGUUUGCUUGACUAUCGAGGACUUUGGGAAUUGACACUUGCAAAAGUAUUUCGAAAGUUGAUUUAGAAGAAUAAACUUUAAAUUUUGUGUACAUAAUUUUAUUUAUUUUGGCUGUAUUUUAAUAUAAAUAGACAGUCCAGACUCGAUUAUCCGAAAUUUCGAUUCUCCGAAGUUCGAGUAUUUGAAGGUUUCUAAAGAAGGUAUUAGACUAUGACCAAAAGACAAACAAAUUCGUACUUGACAAACAAUUCGUGUUUGACAGUUUGCUACAAUCGCAAAAUGUAUACAAACUGACAUUUCUUCAAACAAAUUCAUGUACUAUUUUUUGUCAUAGUCUAAUACCUUCUUAAGGAACUUCGGAUAAUCGAUCUAGGGACAAUUUUUUUGUGUGUUUUUAUUUUCUGACUUAAAGAAUAUGUUUGUGCUAUAAACCCAAUUUUUUCGGGGUUGUUUUUUUCCGAAUGAAGCACCCGAUUCGAGUUGUAGAAAUUACAGUUCUCCCAUAAGGAAUACGAUGUAGAAAAAGCAAUCACUGUUCGAAUGGAAGUACUCAAUUUUCGUCUAUGCGGAUAUUUCUAAAAUUCUGAAUAUAUUAUUAUUAUUAUUGAUUUAUUUUUAUAUUCGCUUGAUUUUUCUGUAUUUUUUUUAUAUUUUUGAAAAUCUGUUAUUUUGUUUUUUUCAGUUUAUUUGUAUUAAUUUUUAUUAAAAGUAUUUUCAUAUUUUGGCUCACUGAGUUUCAAUAGGAUCUAUUAGAUCCAUUGUAUUGGAAUAAUCAUGUUGCCUCUUCUGAAAUAUAAUCAGACAAAUACCUAAGAGACAAAUAGAACUAAGUAGCUUUGACUGUUUCAAAUUUUUAACUACACAGAAAAAAAAAAAUUUAAAUUUGGAAGCUGUAAUUUUUGAACGUUGAAUAUUACCUCUUUUAUGAUGUAAUUUUACCUCAAUUUAGACUGAAAAAGUGACAUUACACCAGAAAAGUGGUAAAAUUACACAUUCCCAGAGGUAAAAUUAAACCUUUUUUCUGACAUAAAAGAUGUACCCCUUCCCAGAUGUAAUAUUACCAUGAUUAUUUUUCUGUGUAUAGAUGGAUGAAAUAUCAGGAAACAAACAACUACAAGUUAAAUUAUGUUAACAAUUUUUGUAUAGUUCACAAAUUAUUCAUGUCCAACAAAAACCCCUAUCCCAAGCUCAUCGUGCUGCAAAAUUUCUGUCACUGACUGCAGGGGUGAAAAAAAAAACAAGAAACACAGAUGCCUUAUUCCAAGAAGAAGGAUUUGAAUCAAACGAUUUAUAGUCUUUUUAGCUCGUAAGGAAACGGAAAUCAAACAAUUACUUUUAACUGAAGUUAGCCUUAAAUGCGAAGACAGAAAGUGUGUAUAUGUGUGUGAGAGAGAUUGUGAGCAAAGGAACGAACAAUAAUCUGCAUGUAAUUCUUCGUUGGCAGAGAGCUAGCAAAUAAAGAUUAUUAUUUAUAGUCGAUUUUAAACGAGAAUGAAACAAACUGCAAGCAAAUCGCAGAGGAAAAAUAUAUGCGUAAAUAUGACACUAACCCUCCACACAAUAGAGUGCGGAAUUUUAAACUGCAGCAAAACACACACUAUUAGGUAUCAAUUUUUGAAUUAUUAUAUUUUUUAACCUCUACCGAGCGAUGGAGAAGUAGUAAGUGAAAGUAAGAAGAAAAUAUACAUAGUAAAAAAUAGAAGAAAAAAAACCUCACCGGCUCACCUCGAAGUACUGAAAGCGAAUAAUAGAAGCAAAAAACUAAAAGUAACAAGAGUGCGCAAAAGUGAGGAAAAAAUAAAAAGAACAUAACAUAAAAGGCAUCAGAUGUAGGCGCGCGCGCGAUUAAGGUAAGGCGGCAAAAGUGAUCAGUAAUUUUAGACAAGCAAAUCGAUUAGACUUAAUUUUAAUUUAUUUAAUUCGCGCGAGCGAAUUGUUGCCGCCGCGUGUGUCCAUUCGCGGUUUGUGUGUUUGUGGAAAAUAAAAAUAAAAAUGAUAAAUCAUGCUAUCGCGUAUAGUCACUCAUACACAGACGAAACAAAUACACACACAUAAGGCGCGCGAAUGAUUGGAAGAAAGCAAGUGUAAAUGUAAUUCCAUUUUAAAUUAGGCCUUUUAAAAGAUGAUGAUCGGAAAAUAAAUGUUAAGCAAUUUGAAAAA